AUGCAAUUGGAGUCCUAUUUCUGUGCGUUGGUGGUGACUGUGUGCAUCCCCAUCUUGCUCAUCCUUUUGCGAGUUCUCCGCACUGCACCAUUUAUUCAAUUACCCAAACACAUCAACCAGAGAAAAUCACUCAAGCACCUCACAGGAAAACAUGUGUCGAUAUUUUUGGGCUCUGGUGGACACACCGGUGAAAUGAUGAAACUUGUAUUCAAAUUGGACUUGCACAACAUCAAAAGAACUUGGAUUUAUUCAUCAGGAGAUACUGUAUCACUUCAUCGAGCUCAACUGGAAGAAAGAGAACAUUACAACAAUGGCAACGGGAGUUACAUACAAAUCCCCAGAGCGAGAACUGUGGGCCAGCCGUAUUUCUCAUCUAUCCCAACAACCAUCUUCUCCAUAUUUGUUGCUGCGGUAAAACUCGUGCGACAUUCUCCCGACGUUAUCUUAUUGAAUGGACCAGGUACAUGCAUUUCUAUUGCUUACAUGCUAUUUGUGUUCAAAUUGUUGGGUCUCAACCACACAAAGAUCAUCUACAUUGAGAGUUUGGCCAGAGUCAAGAGGUUGAGUCUUAGUGGUAGGUUGAUCAUGCCUAUCACGAAUCGAUUCAUUGUGCAAUGGGACCCGCUAUACAAACAAUAUAGUCGUGCAGAAUUCUACGGCAUGCUCAUGUAA